AUAUUACACAACAUAGGUAAUUAUUAUUAUUAUUGGUUAAGCCAGUUAUAGUUUGAAAUCAGAAAAAAAAUUGAAGUACAAAAAAUCCAAUGUAAGUAUCUACCUACUAUUUUAUUGAAUUGGAAUAGCUAUUCAAAAAUAAAAAUAGGUAUUUAUAAUAUGAUUUGAAUUCCAGCAUUUUAGCAUUUACAACCUUAGAAGAAGAUACUAUUAUUUUUAACUCUGACAAAAAAAAUAUGAUUAGGUAUCAGCAUGAACUAAGAUAUAUAUAUCUUAGUUCAUGGGUAUCAGUUAUUUUGUGCUUUUAUCACAAACUACUCAAUAUAAUAUAUUAUGAUAAAAAUAAUAAUACUGAAUUAUGAAUAUAAACAUUGAGUAGGAAACUAGGAAAGAACUAAGCCAUUAAAUAUAAAUUUACUCUUUAACUUUUAAGCAAGAUUUAAGAGUUUAAGUCUUAAACUUAGUUUAGUCUUAUUUAAGAUUUAAGAUUAAAUAUUAGUGAGUAUAAAUAAGGUUUAUAAUAUAAAUUGAACAUUUAAUAGAAGUAUAUUAUAUUAUUCAUGAUUUUAUUAGUUUGGUAUUCAUUAUAUUAAUAUAAUUAUUUAAAAUAAUACAAAGCAAAAACUGUAAAAAAUUUUUAUUUUUUUCUUAUACCGACAAAACUAUUUUUGAAGUUUGAUAGUUUUAUCACAUCAUGGCUAGUCCGGCCAGUGACAAUGAAGAGAUAUGUCAAAAUAUGUCAGAAGUAAAAAUUAAUGAAGAGGAUGAGGAUUCUGAAGACAAUAGUAGUGAUACUAGUGAAGAUUCUGUAGAAAUUGAAGUACCUUUUAAAGUUGGUAUGUGGGAUUUAAAACAGUGUGAUCCAAAACGAUGUACUGGAAGAAAAUUAAUGAGACUAGAAAUGAUUGACAAACUUGGGAUGUCUGCUAGGUUUAAUGGUAUCGUUCUAACACCUGUUGCUACUGAAAGUGUUUCAGCUAAGGACAAUCAAAUUAUAGCUGAAUAUGGUGUAGCUGUUGUGGAUUGUUCUUGGGCGCGACUUAAUGAUACUCCAUUUCACAAGUUGCAACACAGAAAAGCCAAAAAAAACUUACGAUUAUUGCCAUAUCUGGUUGCUGCUAAUCCAGUUAACUAUGGACAUCCUAGUAAACUUUCUUGUGUAGAAGCGUUAGCUGCUGCCAUGUACAUUGCUGGUUUCAAGGAAAUUGGUGAUUUAUAUAUGUCCAAAUUUAAUUGGGGUCCAACAUUUACGCGCCUUAAUCAAGAAUUAUUAGAUAGCUAUGCUGAGUGUAAAGAUGGAAAAGAAAUUGUUGCUUUUCAAAAUCAAUACUUAGAUCAACUGGAUUAUGAUUGCCAGCGAGACCGUAAUUUUCCAGAAUCAAGUAGUGACUCCUCUAGUGACAAUGAUGUAGAUACAACUGUACCAAAUCAAUGACACAAUUAAUACUAUUUGUAAAAUUGUUAUUAUGUCUUUGAAUAUUUUCUUUAAUAAAGAAAGAUCAAAAUAC